UUGCUUUUGCUGCACUCGUCAGCCAGACAGGCAGGUGUGCACUUUGUAGUCAGGGACUCAAAGCUAGGCAGCCGAGAAAUGUCAGGAAUUCGGAGCUUGCGGAGAUCACGGUCUCUGUCCGAUGAGUCAGCCGACGGAGUGGAGCUGGAGCCUGAACCAGAAGAUCUAGACUGGGAUAACUACAGCGUGACCUUGGAGGAGAGGAUAGCAGCAGGGAACCCCUCUGACAUUGAGCAGCGCUGCACGCAGUUGCUGAAGGUGAAACUGCAGCUGGAGGCGCAGGUCGCGGAGCUGAACGGGCGGCUGCUCGACCAGGAGAUCUGCGCCGCUCAACUGGGCACCCAGACAUACAAGCUGGAGACCGAUUGCUGCAACCUCAAGACGGACACUGGGCAGUUGGAGUCCACCUUCACCAAAGUGGAAACGGAUAAGCAGCACACACUGGAAGACCUACAAGUUGAGGAGGACAAAAUAAACCAUUUGACCAAAUCCAACGGGAAACUACAAGCUCAGAGAGAAAGGUUUGAGUACAACUUUGAGCAGGAGAAGCAUCUGCGGGCAGAGCUGGAGAGGGGAAGGCGAAAGCUUGAAGUAGACCUCAAGAUGACCAUUGAUAGCCUGAACGAAAUGGAGAAAUUGAAGGUUGACCUGGAAGAAGUCAUCAAGAAGAAGGAGCUGGAGAUCAACACAGUGAGCUCUAAACUCGAAGAUGAACAGUCAUUAACUGCUACUCUUCAGAGGAAGAUUAAGGAAUACCAGACUCGUGUGGAAGAGCUAGAAGAGGAACUGGACGCCGAACAGACCAUGAGAGCCAAGGUAGAGAAGCAACGAGCUGAUCUUUCCAGGGAGCUAGAAGAUCUGACUGAUAAACUGGAGGAAGCAGGUGGAGCAACCGCAUCCCAGAUUGAGAUGAAUAAAAAGAGAGAGUCGGAACUGCUGCGACUGAGGCGUGAACUAGAGGAGGCUACCCUGCAGUCGGAAUCCACAGCUGCAGCCCUUCGCAAGAAACACGGGGAUACUGUAGUGGAAAUAACCGAGCAGUACGAGAACCUGCAAAGGAUACGAUUGAAAACAGAAAAGGAGAAGCAAAGCAUGAAACUGGAAUUGGAUAACAUGACCCUCACCAUUGACAGCCUCCAAAAAGCCAAGAUUUGCAGUGAUGCCCAGAUCCGCAAGCUGGAAGACUUGCUGUCAGAAGCCACUUCCAAGAAUGAAGAGCUGCAGAGGUCGCUCACUGAGCAGAACCUUAGCAAGACAAGGCUGGCAGCCGAAAAUAAUGACUUGAAUCGCCAGCUGGAGGAGGCAGAGAGUAAAAUAGGUCAACUUAGCAGGUCAAAGAGCAUUCUGACAUCACAAUGUGAAGACUUGAAAAAACAGGUUGAUGAAGAAUCAAAGUUGAAGAGCACAAUGGCUUUGAGCCUCUCAAGUGCCAAGCAUGACAAUGAGCUGCUAAAGGAGCAAGUUGAGGAGGAGCAGGAGAGUAAAUCUGAACUGCAGAGACUCAUUUCCAAGUUAAACAGUGAGGUCACCCACUGGCGGACACGCUAUGAGACUGAUGCUAUUCAGAGGACUGAUGAGCUUGAAGAGUCCAAGAAGAAGCUGACGUCACGUUUACAAGAGGCCGAGGAAGCAGUUGAGGCCGCCCAGGCCAAGUGCUCGAGCCUGGAGAAGACCAAGCAGCGACUGCAGGCAGAGGUGGAGGAGCUGAGCAUCGAUGUGGAGAAGGCAAAUGCUGCAGGUGUGACCCUGGACAAGAAGCAGAGAAUGAUCGAUAAGCAAAUCUCUGACUGGCGCCAGAAGUGUGAGGAGGUCCAGACCGAGCUGGAAUCCUCCCAGAAAGAGUGUCGCCAGUACGCCACCGAGCUCUUCAAACUGAAGACCUCCUACGAAGAGCUGAUCGAACAACUGGACUCGCUCAAGCGGGAGAACAAAACACUACAAGAGGAGAUUACCGACUUGACAGACCAGCUGGGCGAGGGGGGAAAGAGUGUCCACGAGCUGCAGAAAGCGAAGAAGAAACUGGAGAUGGAGAAGGAAGAGCUGCAGGCAACUCUUGAGGAAUCGGAGGCCGCACUAGAGGCUGAAGAAAGUAAAGUGGUGAGACUGCAGCUCGAGCUGACCCAGGUGAAGACCGAGAUUGACCGCAGAGUCCAGGAGAAGGAGGAGGAGUUUGAGGCGACACGGAAAAACCACCAGCGGGCUCUGGAUUCGCUGCAGGCCAGUCUUGACGCAGAGGUGAAAGGUCGUGGUGAGGCCCUGAGAGUAAAGAAGAAGCUGGAAUGUGACCUGAAUGAGCUGGAGAUCCAACUGGAUCAGAGCAACAAGAACAACAGUGAGCUGGUGAAACUGCUGAAGAAGAUGCAGCAACAGACUAAGGACAUGCAGACCCAGAUGGAGGAGGACAGCAGACAGCACGAGGAGCUCCGGGAGCAGUAUGGCCUAGUGGAGAGACGCUGUGGGGUUCUGUCCACUGAACUGGAGGAGACCCGUGGUGCCCUGGACCUGACUGACCGUGCCCGCAAGAUCCUGGAGCAAGAGCUGAUGGAGAUGACUGACAAAUACAACGAGGUUAACACACAGUUUCAAGGUGCGACUGUCGUCAAACGCAAGCUGGAAUCCGACCUGCAGCAAAUAGCAGCAGAGAAUGAGGAACUGACAACGGAGUUCAGAGGAGCAGACGAAAAAGCAAAGAAGGCAGUUUGUGAGGUUGUCAGAUUAGCUGAAGAACUGCACCAUGAACAGGAGCACACCCUACACCUGGAGAGGGUAAAGAAGGGCCUGGAGGCACAGAUCAAGGAGCUGAACAUGAAACUGGAGGAGGCUGAGCAGUUGGCCCUGAAAGGGGGCAAGAAAAUCAUUCAGAAACUGGAAGGCCGGGUGAAAGAAUUGGAAACGGAACUGGACGGUGAGCAGAAACGCCAUGGUGAGACAGUGAAGAGUUUGCGUAAGAAUGAGCGGCGACUGAAGGAGCUGGUCUUCCAGGCUGAGGAAGACCAGAAGAACCAGCAUCGUAUGCAGGAGCUGGUCGAGAGGCUGCAGAACAAGCUGAAGGCCUACAAGAGGCAGGUGGAGGAAGCGGAGGAGCAGGCCAACAUGAAUCUGGCAAAGUACCGAAAGACGGUUCACGAGUUGGACGAUGCAGAGGAGCGGGCUGACAUUGCCGAGGCGGCACUGACCAAAAUACGUACCAAGAACCGGGCCAGCUUCGGCAAAGGCUACUCCUCGGGUUACAAUUCCCCUUUUGCCACCUUAGUCAGAUCGCCGAGCUCCACUGGCUCAGAAGGACGAGGUGAGAAACUCCUGAAUGAUGAAGAUUCGACUUCUCUCAUUCCGACCUACCUUAACUCUCUGAAGAAGCUGAUUGUGGACUGACUCGCAGAAGAAACGGCCAUAUCUCCUGCACAAACUGUUCCUGGGAAAUACCACAUACAGGCGAGAAAGGCAGCCAACACUGACCACUGAAGCAACCUCCCACAAACUGCUGUGGACAGCUUGCCAUUGUUAACUGGACAUCCACACUGGUAGGAGUAUGAAAUAAACCCAUCUUACAAAGUGACAUUUCAUCAAAGUUGUUUUAGAAAAUGUAAUUUCCAUAUGUAAUUGCUCGUUUGACGAGACGUAAUGUACCGUGUUUGUAUGGUUGAUUGGGAGCAGUGGGUCAUGGAUGCUGUUGACACUGUAUUGAUCGGCACCAAUAGAUCAGGCAUUUUUCCAUAUCUGCUGAUCAAAGCCAGAUCAAUGAUGAACUAACUUCGAGUUUACUUGAUCAGUCAGAUUGGUUAAUAAUAGACUGUUGUUAAACCUCCAUCACCUUUUCUAAAUUCCAGUUGUGGUCUGCCAUGUUUUAACUCUGUGUUUCAGAGAUUAGUUCUUAGGUUCCCAGGUAGAUUCUUCAGUGACUUUCAAAGUGCCGAUUUGUAUUUCAAAGCCACACUGUCGUAAAAUGUUGAGAUUUUAAACAAUUGUAUCCCUCUAUGUCUGAGAAUUGCAUUAUAUUUAUAUAUUAUAUAUAAAUGGUGGACUGCUUGGUUGAAUCUGUAGUACAGCUUUAAAUUGGCCUAUAAUUGCAGAUGGAAUUCUCCGUAGCGAGUCCUUAUUUUACUCUAUAACAUCCUAUACUUUUUGUGUAAUCAGUGGUGAUUGUGAAUAUAUUAUUGUGCAUUUUAAAAUAUAAUAAACCAAUCUAAUCUUC